CCGCGGCGGCGCCUGGCUGGGCGGUGUGGCCGCGGACUGCGCGUUCGAGGGCGCCCGGCGACCACGAGGACGGGGCCCCGGAGGCCCGGCGCCCACGACCGAGGAGCGGACCCUCCCGCCCCUUCUCCGCUUCCGGCGGCGCCCGGCCCGCGGCUUCCUGCUUUCCGGCCCCCUUCCCGCGGGCCGAGGGGCGCCGAGCGGCCCGGAUCUCCGCGCGCCCGCCGCCCGGCUCAGCCCGGACUCCAUGUGAAGGAGAGACGGCCCGGCCCCCCGGCCCGCGCCCGGCUCCUCGCGCGCCUCUCCUGCCCCGGCCCGCGGCCUCCCCGACGGGGGCGCGGUGACAGGCCGCACGGGGCCGAGGGGCGGGUGCAGAGGCCGGCGGAGCCACUCUUCGGGCCUGCGGCUCCCCACGUCCCGCGGAGCUGCCGGCAAUAAAGAAUUCUGAUGGGAGAACCAUUUCCCUAAUUUUCAGAUUGUUGAGCUGGUUGUCAUGAUGGAUGAUCAGCAAGCUUUGAACUCAAUCAUGCAAGAUUUGGCUGUUCUUCAUAAAGCCAGUCGACCAGCAUUAUCCUUACAAGAAAACAGAAAAACAAAAUCUUUAUCACCAAAAAAACAGAAUGAUGUCCGAGUCAAAUUUGAACAUAGAGGAGAAAAAAGAAUCCUUCAGUUCCCCAGACCAGUUAGACUGGAACAUCUGAGGUCGAAAGCUAAAACUGCCUUUGGACAGUCCAUGGAGCUCCAUUACACCAAUAACGAGUUGGUGAUCCCAUUAACUACUCAAGAUGACUUGGACAAAGCUGUGGAGCUGCUGGACCGCAGUGUUCAUAUGAAGAGCCUCAAGAUAUUACUUGUGGUAAAUGGAAGUACACAGGCUACUAAUGUAGAACCAUUGCCAUCACUAGAUGAUUUGGAUAACACAGUAUUUGAAGCAGAGAGGAAAAAACGGCUUUCUGUAAUAGGUUCCACUAGUAGAGGUCAAAGCUCCCCUCCCCCAGGAUACAUUCCAGAUGAACUGCAUCAGGUUGCCAGGAACGGGUCCUUCACCAGCAUCCACAGUGAAGGGGAGUUCAUUCCAGAGAGCAUGGACCAAAUGCUGGACCCAUUAUUUUUAAGCAGCCCUGAAAAUUCUGGCUCAGGAAGUUGUCCAUCACUUGAUAGUCCUUUGGAUGGAGACAGCUAUCCAAAAUCACGAAUGCCUCGGGCACAGAGCUACCCAGAUAAUCAUCAGGAAUUUUCAGACUACGAUAACCCUAUCUUUGAGAAAUUUGGAAAAGGAGGAACCUAUCCAAGGAGGUAUCAUGUUUCAUAUCACCAUCAAGACUAUAAUGAUGGUCGUAAAACUUUUCCAAGAGCUAGAAGGACCCAGGGGACCAGCUUCCGGUCUCCUGUGAAUUUCAGUCCUACUGACCACUCCUUAAGCACUAGUAGUGGAAGCAGUAUCUUUACCCCAGAGUAUGAUGAUAGUCGAAUAAGAAGAAGGGGAAGUGACAUAGAUAAUCCUACUUUAACUGUAAUGGACAUCAGCCCACCUAGCCGCUCACCUCGUGCUCCAAUAAACUGGAGAUUGGGCAAACUGCUUGGCCAGGGAGCCUUUGGCAGGGUCUACCUCUGUUACGAUGUCGAUACAGGAAGAGAGUUGGCUGUUAAGCAAGUUCAGUUUGACCCCGAGAGACCUGAGACCAGCAAGGAAGUAAAUGCACUUGAGUGUGAAAUUCAGUUGUUGAAAAAUUUACUACAUGAACGAAUCGUUCAAUAUUAUGGCUGUUUGAGGGAUCUCCAGGAAAAAAAACUUUCCAUAUUUAUGGAAUAUAUGCCAGGGGGUUCAAUUAAGGACCAAUUAAAAGCAUAUGGAGCUCUUACUGAGAAUGUGACUAGGAAAUACACCCGUCAGAUUCUGGAAGGCGUCUUCUAUUUACAUAGUAAUAUGAUUGUUCAUAGAGACAUCAAAGGUGCAAAUAUCCUGCGAGAUUCAACAGGCAAUGUCAAGCUAGGAGAUUUCGGGGCCAGCAAACGGCUUCAAACAAUCUGCCUUUCGGGGACAGGAAUGAAGUCUGUCACGGGCACGCCCUACUGGAUGAGCCCCGAGGUGAUCAGCGGGGAAGGCUACGGCCGCAAAGCGGACAUCUGGAGUGUGGGCUGUACUGUGGUAGAAAUGCUAACUGAAAAGCCUCCGUGGGCGGAAUAUGAAGCCAUGGCUGCCAUCUUUAAAAUCGCCACUCAGCCCACAAACCCCAAGCUGCCCGCUCAUGUCUCCGACUACACCCGGGAUUUCCUCCAGCGCAUCUUCACGGAGGCCAAGCUGCGGCCGUCGGCGGAGGAGCUGCUGAGGCACCUGUUCGUGCACUGUCACUAGCAGCCAGCCCCGCCCCGGCGCCCGUCUGCCUGCACCUCCUCUCUGACUGCACUUUUCUUUUUGAUGAAAAAGAGCGAUGGGAGAAAAAGACAAGAGGGAAAGUGUUUCUCUUGAUUCUUGGUUAAAUUUGUUUAAUAAUAGUAACCUAAAUUUUUUAUAUUUAAUCGUUUUUUCCCUUACAAGAACUUGAAACUUUUUUUUUAAAUUUUUAUAGUGUACUGAUGUGGUUCAGACAUAUAAAGCACUUUAGUACGUGGUCACUCUUUCUAGUACAAACAGAUCAUUUGGAAUACCUGGGACUAGAGGGUCUUUCUCUGAGCUACCGGCAAAUCGGUGGUGAUAGAGAGACAUGGAAACAAGGAGAAGAAAAUGAUAUCUGCUUUGUAGUUUUUAAUGACAGUACUUAAAAUAGAUCCUCAUUUGUGGGUUUGAGCCCUAAACUUGAGUCUAUAGUGGGUACUCAACUUAAAGAAUAUAGGUUCCUCCUUAUAUCUGUAUUCUUUAGAUCCUAACCUCUGUAUACCAAGCUUCUUGCUCAGUAGGAAUCAUGAUAGAAAAUAUGAAUCUCUAAGAACUGUGUUUAUUUGUUAAUCCUAACCAGUAUAAUAAGCAAAUACACUAUAGAAGAUCCAUGUUACUGGGAUCUAAAAACCUUGUGGGAUAGUUUUCUGGUUUGUUUGUUUUUUAAAAAAAAGAUACUAUUUUAUUUUAAAACAGAUAUGGAAGUCAAUGAGCAAAUCCAAAUUAAAAGACAAAAGGAGAUUGCUUUAAUUAAUGUGUGUACAGUAGAAAAGACCACGUUUGCCAAUCAAGAGAAGUAAUGAGAAGCAGAAGUAUGUGUUGUUUAGUGUAUUUUAAAGUGUGAUCUUUACCUGAGGGAGAAAGUCCCAAAAUUAAGAGAAAGAAGAAAUAACCAAAAUAAUGUAUAUUCUAUCUUCCUAUUUCUAGCUCCUGAUUCCCCAUAGGGUAACAUUUCUUAGGAACUAAGAGUUUCACCUGGAGUUUCCAUGAAGCUAGUGUCGGGAGAUGAACCCUUGUUCUUGGGAUCACAGAAUACUGAGCCACCUCAAACAUAGUAAGAUAGUGGCUCUCCAGGGGCAGGGCUGUUUCUCUUGGCACCUGCAAGGCCUGGAGACAGCUUUGGCUUCACAGCUUAGGAGGAUGCUGGUGGCAUCUAGUGAGUCGAGGCCAGGGAUGCUGCUAAACAAACCACAGUCUAUAAGGACCACACCUGCUCCCGACAGAACCAUCCUGCUCAAAAUGUCCAAAGUGCCAAAGUUCAGGAGCCCUGUGGUAAAGACCAGCCCGUUACAGACUGCUGGCAGCCAUUUACAGAGAGGUUCCUUGCAAACAGUAAUUUCAGAGAGAAGGUGAUAGGAUGCAUAGAGAGUGUUUUACAAGAGCAAGUACCACUGCUUCAAGUCAGGGUGAAUGACCUCAACACCAGUAGCAGCCCAUUCCUUCCCAGCUGCACAUCGCACCCAAAGCAGGAACUCCCUGCUAGAGAUGGAAUGGCUUCAAACACAGAGCUCAUUGAACUCCGCUGUCUGCAUAUAUUCUUUCCUCAACUCAGCUUAGAGUCGUGGGAAAAGCAAAGCAUAUCAAAACAAGGUUUAACUACUUUAUAGGAAAGUUAAAACCGCCAGGUAUUUCUAGUACAAUGUGUCCACUAAGAGCAAGGACUUUGAAUGGAAGGAGACACCUAGGAGAAGCCAUGAUCCCUGAUGGACUGGCGCUACUGAAAAAUAUGAAUGAUAUCAGUGAUGUGACCACUUGCAAUAUUUCCCAGUUUAUUAAAGCAAGUGCGACGUGCUUUAUGUUUAAAGAUCUAGAACAUAGUAGUCUUCCUGGAGGCCCUAUAUGUGAUGCCUUUUAUGGGAUUCAUCGGGGAUGCAGAUAUUUCAUCUUCUGCUAAAAAGUAUGAUCUUUAGCGACUCAGCUGUUUCUGAAGUUCAUUAGAUUGUGGUUUACUGUAUCAAGUCCUAUCUGUCAUUCCCUGUAGGAAAUUUGAAGUUCUAUUAGCUAGUCUGAGAAGAAGUCAAAACACCAAGAUUCUCGUACCCUGUAAUCCACGGAAGCGGCUCACCAGGAAGAAUAUGAAUCAGUGGUCUCCCUGGAGGUCAGCGGCACCCUGUGCUGGGAGCCAUCCCCAAGGACAAGGAGCUGUCCCGUUUCUCAUCUUCUCACGGGUGAAGGCAUCACUUAUGCUGGAGCGAGACCACGGUGUCUGGGCCAAGGGGCUUUUCCUUUGUUCUUUGUCUUUGUGGCUGUGAUUUCCUUCUGACUCUUGGUCUGUCAGGGUAACCAGUGGUGCAGAAUCUGAGACCAACACUCCUUAGAGAGAGAUCCUGGGAGAUUCUGACACCCAAAGCAAAAUUGUUUGCUUUUUUCAGUCUCCCUUUUACUUUUAAAUGCAUAGAAAACAAAUCACCUGAAAGAAACUGCUACUUUAACACUGCUGCAGAAGACCUUUGUUUUAUAGGAAAAAUAUUAUUAGCUAUGGGAGAGUACUGUUCUUUAUGUAAAGACUUAAAAAUAGACUAAUAGUUUACAGAGUUAUUAUAUAAAAUGUGAUGUGAAUUUAUUUUAAAUAAAUUGUAAAGGUACCAAAACCACAAGAAAAGUUAAUAUAUAUAAAAGCUACUAGAACAAAAAAGCUUGAAGUGGGAUGACGUAGGGAAGAGCAAAAGUAAAUUUUAAAAAGAAAUUUUUGAGAUAAAACACCUUUAUCAGGGGCAAUUAGAUAUAACACUCCACCCCCUUUUUUUUCUAAUAAUGGUAUGGAUCAACAAAUGAAAUUUGAACUUUUUAAGAUGACUCUAAAUGUGUUUUAUUUUUUAGCUGCACAACUCAUUCUUCUAUAGGUAGUGCUGCUUUGCUGAGGCUGGAAAGGGUCAGACUGCUGACUGUGCCUUCACGAUGCCGCGCUCAGGCUGUGGCGGACUCUGGUGCUGGAGAGGUCCCCGGGCAGUCUGACCGUGCUUUUCAGGAAGUGUCUUUCCACUUGGGCCUUGCGGGAGUCACGAUGGCAGGACCUAGGUUUUGGCCAAGUAGAAGAUUUUACAUCGCAAACGAAAUGCAUUGAGUAAAAGGGUUGAAAAAUAGAAUGACUAAUGGAAAUUCAGUAAUGACUUUCCCCCCCACCUGGAAUAAGAAGGGAAACACUGAGAUGAAAAGGCUUAUGGGCGAAAGGAAGUGGGAAAGUGGGCCAAACCUUGCAAUAUACCCUAUUCAAGCAAAAGCACCGUGUCUAAGGGUAAGAAUGCUUCUUUAAAAACAUGAUUGUUUUUAAUACAAUGUUAAUUAGUAAAAGGUUUACAUUUUUUCUAUUGCUGUUGGUUUUAAAAUUUGCUACUCUGCAUUCAGAAAUAUUAUAAAAUAGUUAAUACCAAGAAUACUUUUAAUGUCUGACAUCUCUUACAUUUCACAUGGUUCUUUUUAUUCAAAUAUCAUCAUAAAUAAAAGUAAACUUGGAUAAGUUUGAGAAUAAACUUUGUUACAAACUAUGAUUAUCAAUUUGUAAUUUACCUUUUGGCCUAAUGUACAUUUUUUAAUGUAGCCAUUAAAUUCUUUAUAUUUAACCUAUUAGUUUCUCUCUGUAAAAAAUUUUAAUCUCAGUUGAAUGCUGGGCAGUUUAUAAUAAUGUACAAAUAAUAAUGUUUUUUUCCUAUCAAGGUUGACUUUGCACAUUUUUGGAAGUUUUUAAUUUGUACACUGAUGUACUGCUUUGACCAAUAAUUGUUGAUGUGUGUAUGAGCAUCAUGAAUGUGUGCAAUGAACUACUGUCUGUGUCUCUGUUUUAACUUCUUUCAACAUGUGGCCAUCAGUAACUGCACUGCUGUCACAGACUUACACGGACCUUACUGCUUUUACAGCGUAUGCUCAUCUUGGUUCUCUCUUUGUCGAAGAACUCAGGAGUUCAACUCACUUUCUGAUUUUAUAUGUAUCUUAAAAUCCAUGACUAAGUUGAAAGUAUGCUUGCAACUCCAUGUAUCAGGGGAUGUUGUGUGUGGAGAUGUCUGUCUGUCUGUCUGUAGGCACAUUUAUAUAUUCCAGUAAUUUCUUGUUUUCAUUUGUUUCUACAUUUUUAUGAACUUGUUUUUUAUAAGGGUACUGUUUAGUUAGAAUUAAAUAUAUGUAAAAACUUUCUGAGAGAUUAUUUACUAUAUGAAUAUAUUUUCAGCUGGCUGAUCUAAAAUAUUUUUAAAAUUUUGUUUUUAACCAUUCACAACACGUUUGUAUUUCCAGAAUUAGACACAAGUUUACUUAGAUGUAAGUAAAGUACUCCUGGGAGGAAGAGCUUCGGUUCUCUUUUGAGAAUUCUCUGAAGUGCAAAUUCAGAGGAAAAAGGAGAUCGUAAGCAGUAGCAAAAACACACUGCCCACUAAAAUGGCCUUUGAGUCCUCAGAGCUAUGAAAAAACUGAGAACUAACUCGUCUUGAAAAGAUGCGGAGACUUUUCUGUCUCCAGGCUCUCUUGGCUGGUCCUACUGUUGUUGACGGUUUCCUUUAUCCUACCCUAAAGAUGUUAACAGGUUUUUUCCUCACUGGGCAAGGUCAGACCUCAUUUAUGAUUCUCUGCAAUUGACUAUAAAUUGGUCCAGAAAUGUCCAAACAUACAUUGAAUGUCUUUGUACUGUACUCUGUAUGCUAAGUAACUGGCAGAAAAAGAAUUGGAAAUUAAAUUUCCAAUCUGACAAUGUUAUUGUACUUAAGGAAAUCCUUGUUUUUAGUAUGCGGUACCAUGUAAAAUUACUUGUGUUAGGAAUACAGUCCACUGUUGAAGUUGAAUGUCACUAAGCUUAUUAUGUUACAAGAGCCAGUAUGAUUAAAACCUCCCAGAAGCCAGAUACAGCGUGGUAUGUGCCACAUUUCAUGCAUAUUUUGACUUUGUGUUGUUCAUUGAAAGUUGUGCUUGUAAAAAUGUAUAAAAUUUCAGAGUUUUUAUGUAUUUGUUUUUCUUGCUGAUAAAUAGCUUUUUAAAAAUCUAAUGUGAAAGAAACCAUGUUUAUAUUUUGUUAGUGAUCAGUGACUUUGUUUAUAUGGAAAUUUGUAUAUUGUUGGCACACAUUUUUUUUUAGAUUUAUCAUGCAUGAAGGCUGCAAUAAUUAGCACAAUGAAAUUGCUUUUUUUUUUUAACAUGUUAAUUCAUUUGAAAGAUUGUGGUGCAAAGGGUUACUCUAAGUAACCUGGGUUAUGGAAUAUAAAUGAAUGGCACUCUGAGUGUUAAUAAAGCUAAUAUUUAUUUCCACUGUGA